UGCAGUAAAUUAAAUUUCCUUAUAAACACUCGAAAUCAAAGUUGAGAGAGAAUCUGUUUUCGUGCUAACUCAAAGAGAAAGAGAUGGCACCCACUGUGUUUGGCAAUCCCAUCACUGACGAAACUUUGAAGGCACUGCCUGAAUAUGCAAACAAGGAAAUAACCCCAAAAGAUAGGGCACAAGUUGCUCUGAGUCGGAAGCUUCCGCCGCCAGAUUUUCCUGUAAAUGUGUUUGGGUAUAUCUAUAAUGCUACCGGACACACCUUAAACUUAGCUUACGAUCAUGAUUGGUCCGGUCACGUUGAUGAAUCCUCACCAUACUCUCAAAUUAUUGAAAAUGGGCAGUGGGGAUCUUUUUUGCAUGUUGGAGACUAUACACCAGGUAAAUUGAGUCUGCGGCAAUCAACUGCUGCUGUUGUUUAUAAUGCAAAUAACGGUCUCGUUGGAGGUUUCUGUAAGUGGGUUUUAGCAUGGGAUGCAGCAGUUUCGCCUCAUGAUAACAAGGCGUUUACUAUGUUCGAAGAAUUUCAAAUUGUUAAAGAGAAACAGAACUGGGAAGCUCUUCGACAAAAACUGUUUAAUUCCGGUCACGAGAGCACUGACGCUGCCUAUGGAUUCAAAGCAACUGUGUCAAUUACCGAUGGCAACAACCCAACAUUCCAUGCGACAAUUACUUUGGACCUGCCAUUGGAAAAUGCAUGAACCAUAUAUAGCAUAUAUUUGAUCGCAUUCCAAGAAAUGAUUAAUUAUAAGAAUAAGGGUGUGAGAUAAGGGUGUGAGAUAAUCAUCCAUUUGAUCGCAUUCCAAGAAAUGAUUAAUUAUAAGAAUAAGCGUGUGAGAUAAGGGUGUGAGAUAAUCAUCCAUAGUGUGUGAAGUUACAUUUUCCAAAGGAUUUCAAGGUUCACCUUAUAAUAUUGUACUUUAUUAUAGGUUCAGCUUAUGAUAUUGUACUUUAUUAUAGGAUAACUUUGAAGAAUAAAAUAUGGCUAUAAAUAAUAUUAUUGUGUGUUUCGAGACAGCCAUCUAAAUUGUGUUUGCUUAUUCUCAAAAUUAAAAAUAAAGUGUCUUUGCUUUCCCAAGUUCCAUCAUGUAACAUUGUUUUA